UAGAAAUGAACAAUAUCUGAAGUGGUAGAUGGUUGUUGGUCAGGACUGGGUGCUGCUGCAAAGUCUAUAGGCCUGCUGGUGGAUGGCUAAUCUUGACUGCUUGUGGAUGGUUGUUCAUCUGAAUCUUUUGCUUGGCCUUGGGUUCCUCCUUUGAUAUACUGAAGCAUUGAUCCUGUAUCAGAAAUACAAGACAAAACAUUCAGGGAUUAUGAAAUAUUGUUUUGAACCAUGGUACAAACAUUUUCUAAAUUAAUUAUAGUAUUAUGCAGGCUCAUAUUUAAAACACAGAUACAUGAAAACUUUAAUAUUAUAUCUUUAUAGACAUGGACUGAUAGGGCACUUUAUAAACAUUCUGGACAUAAAGUGGAAACAAUGAAUAUGAAAGGGGAAAUCUACAUAGCUUUAAGAUUGUUUUUUUUUUCUAAUUAGUUUCACCAGUAGAUGUCACUCUUGGCCUCUGGAUCUCUCGAAAAUGACUACGGCUUCUUACAAAUGGAAAAAAUUUCGGUAUCAACAUAGUCGUUGCAUAAAACCACUACCGGUAUGUCUCGUAACAUUCCAUUUAAUUUUCAUUGUGCAAUGAAUUUGCAAGUCACAUCAUUAGUCACAUCCACAGCGUUUUGGGGUGUUUUUUUUUUUUGGUUGUGCACACUAAUAAACCGAUCAUAACCCGAUUUCUGGAGUUACCAGAUUAUUCAAGUGGUCAUGUAAAGAGCAUGAUCCGCUAUCCUUUAAAUGAUAAACACCGCUAUUUUACAUCUCUGAGCAUGUGUACAAAUGGAAAAACGGAUGUCGCUAGAGAGGACUUAGGGACGCCAAACUGAUUCGCUUUCAGCCUUUGGGCCUACUCUGCAGUUAGCGAGCUUGUGUAACACAAGCCACACUCGCAUUUGAAGAGGUUCAGUGGGACAACUUCAAGCAAGCAUGGGUUUUUGGUAGACAUGGAGGAAGGCCUAUGCUGAGACCAAGAGUUUUACGUCAUGUACUUGGAAAGAAAUCGAACUAUUGAUUUAACAUGUAAACCAGGUUUUUCCUGAUUAUCACAUCACUGAAGUGCACGUAAAUGCGUCAAAUCUCAUUAUUGUCAUUACCUGGUUAUUCCCAGUUAUCAGAUUAUUGUAGUCAUGUAAACGUAGCUGAUAAUAAAUAAACAAUUAUUUAAAAAAACAAACAAAAAAAAAACAUUCUUACCUGCAAGUGAUGCGCGGGCAUCAUUUCGCUGCUUUUUCCUCUUCCUUUUUUUCGCCCCCGACUCUUGUUGUCUUUUCGAUGACAUUUCCUUUCAAGAAUAAACUUCUGCCAUAUUUGCGACUGAAGCAUAAUGGAGCAAACCAUUAGGGAAUUUGGGGGGGGGCACCAAAGGUAGACUGACGAGAGGGCCGCACAGGAGAUUCUUUUUUUGUGUAAAUAAUGAGCCUAUGUUACUUGUAUUUGAAUUACUUGCAUUUAUCAGGCUUUACAAAGUUUUAUUUUAAAUACUAUAUAUUGUUGUUGUUAUUACAAUUACUAUUUUUUAGGAUUUUUUACAAACUUUAUUUUUUUUUGGUGCCCCUUUAGGCAGAGUUGGUGCCCUACGCGCAGUGCGUGUUAUGCGUAUGCGGAGCGCCGUGUCUGGUCCCCAGGUUACGAACGAGUUCUGUUCCUACGCUGGCGACUAACCCGAAUUUCCGCUUAAUUAACCCUUUAAGUUCCCCUAAAUCUCAAAAUAACUGUCCAAAAAGUCCAAAAGUAUUGUAUUUUGUUUAAUGAUGGAGGAUACACUGCUGUCUGGUGGCAGUGUUGGGUCUGGCUGGACUGUCACCUUGUACGACUGAGGAGCAGACUUGUCUGACAUGGAUAAAGGAUAGCUGCGCUCUGGUUUCGCCCACUAUAGGCUGUAAGUUGUUGCAGCUAAUAUAUGUGAAUGCAUUUGUAUCUAAGUUUACAGUUGCAGUUUGUGGAGUUACGUUUGAGCUUCUUCUUCUGUUGGAUUCCAGCAGACUCGAUGCCUACUGGCACAUUGCUGUCUUUCUCAAUGUGGCCAAAUCACGUAAUGACGUUUAUAUCCAUUUCAGUUCAGUGACAACUAGAAAGUUCGCCAAAGCUUUUAUCGCUCUAUCUUGCCCCUUCGUGGGCCACAACAAAUCGUUCAGAGUCACACAGCGCCUUGCGGCAACGGCCCACUUUUUUUUGGAAAAGCUUCCGUCUCUGUUCACUGUACAUUGGACACUCCAUCAGUACAUAUUUCACCGUUUGAUCUUGUUUGCAGUGUUCAAACUUUCCAUCAGGAUGUUUACCCAUUUUGGCUAGAUCCCACGCUAGUCACCAGUCAUGCAUAAAUCAUAAAAAAAAAAAAAAAUCGCAAGAAAAAUACCCACAAGAACAUUACUCCACCAAAAAAUUUAGUUGAUAUUUUAGUUGAGGUCGUUCUAUGCACACAUUAGCUGCCAUUGACAGCACUAGAUGUCCAACCCAUGUUGACAGGGAGGGGCAAGUCAACAAACAUUCGCCCCCUCCCCGUCAACAUGGCACCGUCAAUGGCAACCAAUGCGAAAACUGCAUCAAAAUGAAUAGGAAAUUACUGAAAAUCUACAUGAAGUAAGCCACAGGAGAGAGAGCAAAGCACCCCUGCGCAAUUUCUCCGGAAAUUGCAUCCUCUAACUUUGCUACAUAUUGUUACUUUUGGGCUAUUUUUUAAGUACCAGCUAAAUACUCACUCUCAAAAAUGUUUGCUAACCCAAAAUUUUGCAUUGCAAAAAAAAAAAAAAAGAAUCUUGAUUUGUGAAAAAACGGCUUACGGGGGGAAAAAAAACUAAGGUCAGAUUUGGAUUCAGCACCUCGGCAUUACGCAAGAAGAAGUGGAGUGAAAAACACAUUUCUUGUUAACCACUGUAACAGUGGGUUUUUUGGGUAGCCCUUUUAAUUUUUGUCUUUUGCCUUUGGACGAAAAUAUUUCUUUGUCUAAGUCAUAUUUUAGUUAUUUCAAAAUGUUUUCGUCAUUGUGUGAUUUUAGUUGACCAAAUCUCAUACAAAUUUCGUCUAGUUUUAAUCGAGCUACUCAAAAUGUUGUAGUCCUGUAAUGAAUAAAGGUUUACAAUUAUUUCAAUAAAACACAGAUAUAGAUAGAUGAGCACAUAUUGCUCAUAAGUUGCUCAUAAAUUGGCUUCUGUUCAAAAUCGAUCAAUAAAAACAGCCUACAGUAACUCGCUUGAGACACAUCCUAACCUCUAGUGAGGAGGGAGAGCAGGACAACGCAAACCUUGUGAUGAUAAUACACACUGAGCAGAAAAAGCAGUACAUUAUUUUAAAUCAGAUCUACCCUCGAAGCCAAGAAUUGUAUGUAAAACAAAAAAGGAAAAAAAAAGUUGUCGGAGUGUUUAACAUCGUCUAGACUUAACUGAACAGAAAAGCCAAGUGGCUCGGCUUUAGACAGUCCAGUGUUUCAAGAGGACGCUCGCCAUUCUGAAGCUAAUGCUAACGCUAGGAUUUACAUUUCGCAUCUGAUGAUCACUCAGCACAGACCUUUAAAGGCGAAAGCAACAUUGUAUAUUCUUCCCAAGAAAAACAAAUCUUCAAAAAAACUCAAAGAAAACAAAUCUUCUUUCCAAAUAAGCAAUAUGGAGUGCAACCUAGCUUGUAGGGCUGUUCAAUUUUGCCUAAAAAGAAAAUCCCGAUUAUUUUCUCCAAACCCGAUUUUCCAAUAUCGAUGAUGAUUUCUUGGCAAAAUAAAAAUAAUGACAAAGCAUUCAGAAUGUCUUGUAUUUAAACUUUAUUGGAAUUGAAAGUGCCAGUGAAUUUGACUCUGUUAACACACACAGAAAAAUCCCUUGGGAUGAAGAGCAUUUUAUUUAUUCAACAGAUUCCAGCUCUGUUCUUCAAUAAUGAAAGAAGCGAUAUAUCAUUUGAACCAAAAUAAAGCUUGAGAAAAGUCAGUCAGUCAGUUAGUCUGUAAACCAAAUAGUGUGUCAGCAAGUCAGUCUGCCAGCCAGCUAGCUAGCCAGCCAGUCAGGUGAAGUAGGUAGGCAGCCAAGCUCAGGGUGAUGUGCUGUCAUAUUUCUCUCUUCUUACUUACAUAAAUUAAUGAUUAGUGCAAAACUGUCACUCAUUAAUAACAAUAUGCAAGGUGGCAAUCACCUUGUUUAAACAAAGACAAAUAUAGGUUUAUGAUAUAGGCGGAGUUUGAGUGUUGUGGCGGGGGUGGGGGGUGGGGGGCAAAACAUGUAGAUGACCCCGAAAAGCAGUGUCAGCAGUAAAAUUAACGUACAAGAUAUAUGCUUGGAUAGUAGCUUAGCCCAUGCUCGUACAUACUGGCAUCCCAGCUGUGUGCGUGGGUGUGUGUGUGUGCCCGUUAGAGGUGUGCAUCGGUACUGCCCUCACGAUUCGAUUCGAUUACGAUUUUGGAGGGCCACGAUUCGAUUCAAUUCGAUUCGAUUCGAUUCAGAGGGUCACGAUUCGAUUCGGUUCGAUUCGGCAAUGCAUCGCGAUGCCUUAAAGCCUGGGAUGCAUUAAAAUUCUAAAGCAAAGCAUAUUUUUCGUGAAUCAUGAGGCAACACAAGCGGUCAGACAUUAAACAACUUUUUAUUGGCUCUUGUGUCACUCCUGGUUGAAGUCAAAUGAAAAUACUUUUAGAUAUAUAUUUAAAAAAAAAAAAAAAAAAAACAGAUCACAGCAUUUAAUUGGUGCUUUGAAUGAGACCAGGGCUUUCUUUUUUUUUUUACACACAGUAACAGCCUUUCACACAGUGCAACAUCUGAACUCCUGUGCAAAAUCAGUAAUAACAGUCACUGUAUUUUAGUCACAACAACCCAUCGAUAAAAAUAUUCAAGUAAAUAUUAAAGAAAGCGACAAAGAAAAUAUUGUAGUGCAGCAGCAUCUUUGCAUCUUUAUCGCAAUAUCAAUCCAGGGAUCAGUUCAGUUGCAAACAAAACAUCCAACUAAAUUGCAAUGUAGAACAAAAGUAAAAUGUUGGCCUAGCCCACUAUAUAUGUGCAAUCAACUUAGAAAUGCAAUCAGUAACUACCACAUAACAAUAAAAAAUAAUGAAUUAAAAUGAAGUGCAGCAGCAUUUUAGCAGCCAUAACAAUCUGUUUCAACAUGAGGAAAUAUCAUUUUUUUUGCAAUUGAGAGAGCAGAGAGAUAGUAGAGGUUAGAUGGGGCCUAAAAAAUCCAGCCCGACCCGACCCGGCCCGCUGGUAUUGAAGCCCGACCCGGCUUGGAGUGACGCGAAAAACAAAACAAAACGCAGCAGCAGCAAUUUAUUUUCAUUUCUUCGAGAUGGCAGAAAAAACGCAUGUUUCUUAAUGUUUAAAUAGUCUACAUAUUUUUGUGAUCAUUAUAGAAGCAUUUGCACAACGAAAUAACGCUGGGAAAGUUUAAUAUUAAAAAAAAAAAACAUGCGAUUUUGCAGACACACAGAGGAGAAGAUUCAAAAGGAUCACAUUUGUGUUGCCUUUGUGUGCAUAAAAAAGUGUCUUUCGUAACGAAUUCUCAGUUGGCAGAAAAAAAACGCAAGUUUUCUUCAUGUUUAAAUAGUCUACAUAUUUUUGUGAUCAUUAUAAAAUCAUUUACACAACGAAACUGGGAAAGUUUAAUAAAUAUAAAAAAAAACGAGUUUGCAGACACAAAGAGGAGAGGAUUCAAAAGGAUCACAUUUGUGUUGCCUUUGUGUGCAUAAAAAAGUGUCUUUCGUUACGAAUUCUCAGUUGGCAGAAAAAAAACGCAAGUUUUCUUAAUGUUUAAAUAGUCUACAUAUUUUUGUGAUCAUUAUAAAAUCAUUUACACAACGAAAUAACGCUGGGAAAGUUUAAUAUAUAAAAAAAAACGAGUUUGCAGACACACAGAGGAGAGGAUUCAAAAGGAUCACAUUUGUGUUGCCUUUGUGUGCAUAAAAAAAGUCUUUCGUUACGAAUUCUCAGUUGGCAGAAAAAAAACGCAAGUUUUCUUAAUGUUUAAAUAGUCUACAUAUUUUUGUGAUCGUUAUAAAAUCAUUUACACAACGAAAUAACGCUGGGAAAGUUUAAUAUAAAAAAAGAAAGAAAAAAAAACGAGUUUGCAGACACACAGAGGAGAGGAUUCAAAAGGAUCACAUUUGUGUUGCCUUUGUGUGCAUAAAUAAAAGUGUCUUUCGUAACGAAUCGCAAGCGCCACAGCGGAGAAGAAGAAGAAAAAGCGGGCGGCGCCACUGCUUCAUGUGAGUGCACAAGCAAAUGCACAAUACAGAGAGCCUGCUCUCGGUUUUAUCCCAUUUUUUUUUUUUUUUUGUAUAAUUUAUUAGUCCGGCGCGAGGCGGCCCAACCCGACCCGAACGUGAAUGCUUAACAUUUUCAGCCCGAACCGAACUCGGGCACAAGAUCUAACCUCUAAGAGAUAGGACAUAACAUAACAAUGGCUGAAGCGGAGAAAGAGGGAGCAAGAAAGAUCCUUGAUGCACCUAAGACAUUGAAAGCUGACAUCUGGAGACAUUUUGGCUUCUAUGAGGUUGGUAGGAAACUUGACAGUGUGUAAAAAAUGAAACAUGACAAUAAUAAUACAAAUGGGGAAACCAAAUCCAUUGCAUCACCGGAAUUGCGCAGGGAAGAUUUUUGAACGUACUUAUAUAUUUUAAAAUGCGCUGAAUCGAUUCGGCUUGUUGCCCGCAUUGAAUCGAAUCGUCCAUGCCCCGCAUCGGGAUGCAUCGCCGCAUCGAUUAUUGUUGACACCACUAGUGCCCGUGCGUGUGUGUGAGCGCGCGCGUGUUCGUUUUUCUGUCUUACCUAGUGGAAAAGUAGACACCUCAUCCUUUAUGACUGAAUAUUGCAGCCAGAAUCCGUCCUCAGGUGGUUUUGGCUAAGCAAAGCAAAUGGUCGCCUAUAAGGUACUAAUCACAUAAUGUGUGGAGUUUUUCUCCAAAGUUGGCUGGGCAAAAGUAGCAGAAUUGCCCGAAGCCAUGGUCGUUCACGUUCUUGUUGUUUAAGAUGGCACGCUCUUAUGGGAGGAAGCAUAUAUGCCAAGGAAACUACGGCGGCUUGGAUAAAAAAUGGUGCGGUUUUUAAAAUUGAACGUACCGAUUUGAUCGUUUUUAACAUUGUUUUAAUCAGAUAAGUUGGCUUCUGUUCAAAAUCAAUCAAUAAAAACAGCCUUACUCGCUUAAGACACAUCCUAACCUCUAGUGAGGAGGGAGAGGCGCAGCAUAUCUUACAUGAGUGACACGACCCAAACAUUACCACGAUGCAAGCUGAAGUACUCAACGUACAACAUGAAAAUACUGUAUCAAACAUUGUGAACAUAUGACAUAAACGAUGUCGCAUUUUCGUCUCGUAGUCGUCUUGUCAGACAAAAACUGGCAUUUGUCUCGUUAUGUUCUAGUAUCCUGUGCCACAUUUUAAGAUUGUCCAUCCAUCCAUCCAUCCAUCCAUCCAUCCAUCCAUCCAUCCAUCCAUCCAUCCAUCCAUCCAUCCAUCCAUCCAUCCAUCCAUCCAUCCAUCAUCUUCCGCUUGCUCCAGGGUCGGGUCGCGGGGGCAGCAGCUCUAACAGGGAAUCCCAGACUUCCCUUUCCCCCGCCACUUCAACCAGCUCCUACAGCGGGAUCCCAAGGCGUUCCCUGGCCAGCCCAGAGACAUAGUCUCUCCAGUGUGUCCUGGGUCGUCCCCGGGGCCUCCCGCCGGUGGGAGAUGCCGGAACACCUCUUCGGGGAGGCGUCCAGGCUGAACCAGAUGCCCGAGCCACCUCAGCUGGCUCCUCUCUACGCGGAGGAGUAAUGCUCUACGCGGAGUCCCUCCCGGAUGACCGAGUUUCUCACCCUAUCUCUAAGGGAGGGACACCCUGCGGAGGAAACUCAUUUCGGUGUUUGUAUCUGGGAUCUUGUUCUUUCGGUCACGACCCAAAACUCGUGACCAUAGGUGAGGGUAGGAGCGUAGAUCGACUGGUAAAUAGAGAGCUUUGCCUUUCGGCUCAGCUCAUUCUUCAACACUACAGACCGGUGCAGAGUCCACAUUACUGCAGCCACUGCACUGAUCCACCUAUCGAUCUACCCCUGCCUCCUACCCUUACUCGUGAACAAGACCCCAAGAUACUUGAACUCCUCCACUUGGCGCAGGAUCUUGUCCCCGACCCGGAGAGGGCACGCCACCCUUUUCCGACUGAGGACCAUGGUCUCGGAUUUGGAGGUGCUGAUCUUCAUCCCAACCGCUUCACACUUGGCUGCGAACCGCUCCAGUGAGAGUUGGAGGUCAUGGCUAGAUGAAGCCAAAAGCACCACAUCAUCUGCAAAAAGCAGAGAUUCAAUGGUCACCAAACCGAGGCCCCUCAACGCUUCGGCUGCGCCUAGAAAUUCUGUCCCUAAAAAUUAUGAACAUAAUUGGUGACAAAGGGCAGCCUUGGCGGAGUCCAACCCUCACUGGGAACGAAUUCGACUUACUGCCGGCAAUGCAGACCAAUCUCUGACACCGGUCGUACAGGGACCGAACAGCCCUUACCAAGGGGCCCGGUACCCCGUACUCCCGGAGCACCCCCCCACAGGACUCCCCGAGGCACACGGUGGAACGUCUUCUCCAGAUCCACAAAACAGGAGUCAGAACCCGUCCCCCCACCUGAAGGCGGAGGGAGGCUACCCUCUCAUCUACUGGGGUAAACCCCAACGUACAGGGGCCAAGCCGGGGGGCAAUAAGUAUGCCCACACCUGCUCGAGGCCUCUUACCGUGGGCAACUCCAGAGUGGAAGAGAGUCCAACCCCUCUCGACAGGAUUGGUAGCAGAACCCAAGCUGUGUGUGGAGGAGAGUCCGACAAUAUCUAGUGGGAACUUCUCUGCCUCACACACCGGCUCAGGCUCCUUCCCUGCCAGAGAGGUGACAUUCCAUGUCCCAAGAGUUAGCUUCUGCAGCUGGGGGUCGGACCGCCAAGGCCUCGCCUUUGGCUGCUGCCCAACUCCCUACGCACCCGACCCCUUUGGCCCGUCCCACAGGUGUUGAGCCCAUGGGAAGGGGAACCCACGUUGCCUUUUCGGGCUGUGCCCGGCCGGGCCCCAUGGGGACAGGCCUGGCCACCAGAGGCUUGCCUUCGAGCCCCAACUCUAGGCCUGGCUCCAGAGGGGGGGCCCCGGUAACCCGCGUCCGGGCAAGGGAAACUCGAGUCCAUUUAUAUUAUUCAUAAUAAGGGGUCAUUUUGAGCCAUUUUGAGUCAUUUCUGGCCCCUCACCUAGGACUUGUUUGCCAUGGGUGACCCUACCAGGGGCUUAAAGCCCCAGACAACAUAGCUCCUAGGAUCAUUGGGACAAGCAAACCCAUCCACUACGAUAAGGUGAUGACUCAUGGAGGGUUUUGGGGAUUUUUAGAUUGUCAUCGUCAUGAAAAAAAUGUUUGUCAACGAAACAUUUAUCAUCAUUGUUGACGAAAACAAAACUGCACUGUAAUCAACAGGAAAAUUACAGUAACUAGCACAGGGGUGGGCAAACCGGUCCUCAAGGGCCGCAGUGGGUCCUGGUCUUUGUUAUAACCGAUCCAGCACAGGCAGUUUAACCAAUGAGAGGUCCGGGGAAACAAGAAGCGCCUGACUGCAAUCAAUUGAUUGUAAGACACUAGAUUGGUGUAAAGGUGUCCUCUUGAUGGGUUGGAACGAAAACCCUUACCCGCUGUGGCCAUUUGUGGAAUAGUUUGCCCGCCUCUGAACUAGCACAAUUCAAGCUGUUGAUCUCUUCUUUGAAGUAUAAAAUGCAUAUCACCUUGACUUUCCUCUGUCUAGCCCUUAUUGUCAUGGCCCGUUACUUAAGGCAUUUCACAGCAGUGGGAGAUGAGCAGCCUGGCCAGUGGGAGGAUGAAGAAUUGCACGUUCACAGUGAUGAACUAGGUCCUGCCACUGGGCAGUACCCUGAAACCGUGACAUUCAGGGAUUCUCUGAAAAGACUAUACAGCUCUACACGCUUCCAGGUGACGGUGGUGUGUUUAGUAAUUCUCGAUGCCAUUUUUGUAUUAGCAGAGCUGCUUAUUGAUUUGUCCAUUAUCAAGUUGGAACAUGGCCAUUUAGCACCUGAGGUGUUUCACUACCUAAGCCUGGCACUUCUCACAUUCUUCAUGUUGGAGAUCGGUGGCAAACUGUUUGCCUAUCGCCUUGAGUUCUUCCAGCAUAAAUUUGAGGUCUUUGAUGCUUUGGUGGUGAUACUUUCUUUUGUGCUGGACAUCGUAUACCUCUUCCAUGAGGACGUAUUUGAUGGAAUGGGUCUACUCAUUCUCCUGCGUCUCUGGAGGGUGGCAAGAAUCAUCAAUGGUAUUCUAGUGUCAGUAAAAACCCGUGCUGAACAGAAGAUGCACAAGCUGAAGGGGAGCUAUGACCAUCUCGUACAAAGAGUCACAGAACUGCAACAGCAAAUUGAUAAACUAGAAUUGGGACUGUUUUACCUCCAUACCUAUAAAGAAUUCCAGGAUUUAAGAAAUUUCACAAGAAUUUUCAACGCAAAAAGCUCUUCGUCAAUGCUGACCAAGUGGAAACACAGAGAUAGGCCCCCUAUAAAUCGGCCCCGUGCCCCCUGUCCCGUCAAUACAUUAUGAAGUCUAUGAUGCAAACACUUUCAAAACAAACCAUUACAACGUCACUCUAAUUAAACAAAUCUUCAAAACAACAAAAUCUGAUUUGACGCUUUUUUUCCUUAUCGAAUUACUCGAGUUAAUCGUUGCAGCACUACUUCAUACUAUGCAUGGUACUGCGAAGUCUCUCUCAUUGUACAAAAUACUUUUAAGUUUGUCAACAGCAGACAUUGUUUUUUUUUAACACACCUCUUUCAACUACAAUAAUUGCCUAAUUGCAGAGCCAUAAGUGUGUGUGUGUGUGUGUGUGUGUGUGUGUGUAUGAUGAAUGCUAGGUCUUUUUGGUUUUCUGAGAAUCUACCGCACCUACCAGUAACUUGUGUUCCAUGUAGCAAUAAAAAAAAAGUAAAAAGAAAAUCCGGUUAGAGAUGCUAUUAUUUUCAACUAUACUGUAAUUGUAGUGAAAGUCAUCAUUUUGGUGAGUUGACAGUCUUACAAGCUGAAUCAAACAAAUGGAAAAAAAAAGUCAACGGGCAGCUUGGCAUUGAUGGUCGGUAUAGCUCUGUAACCAGGAAGAGCAGCAGCAGAAAUUUCUCUGAAGCUCACUGAACUCCGAAUUGAAAUCGCAUCACUCCCUCUGAUGAAAUUCGCCUAAAAAACAAAAAGAUAAAAGAAUAUAUCAAAGUCUGUUGUAUUUUGAUCCAAAUCAUAUUAAAUUCAUAGCAUCACUUACCAAACUGGUGGUAUUGGUCAGGAUUACUUGCUCGAUGCUUACAAUCUGAAUUUGGGGAUUCCACAGGAGUCCAUAUUUGGUCCAUUUAAUCUUUAAAUCAAGUGACAAUGGGAUACUGCAAAUCUGUGUACCCUGCCAAAACAAACAUAUGCAAUAUUCAAUGUAGAUGCUUGCUUAUAUGUAAUAAACAGUGGGUAAAAGUAGAAAAAAUUUUUACUCAAGUAAGAGUAGCCUCAUUUUAAAAAUAUUACUAAACUAUAAGUGGUCACCCAAAAAAUGUACUCAAGUACAAGCAAAAAAGUAUUCCGUGAAAUAUAUUCUCAAGUAAACUGCUUACAAUGUCAGAUUAAUUUUUUAAACAAUGCUCUUUCAUUUGUCAUAAAGUCCUCUCUAUGAGCUGUUGUUAUUUUAUUGUACAAUAUAUUCUAGAAAAAAAUAGCAUACUGUGUAUAUUAUGUAAUGAUAAGCAUUAGACUUUCACAUAUUUUAGAUUCAUUACACACAACUGAAGUAGUUCAAGCCUUUUAUUGUUUUAAUAUUGAUGAUUUUGGCAAAAAAGUCUAGAAAAAACAAAAAUCCCGAUCUAAAAAAAUUUGUAUAUCAUGAAAAGGUACUAGUAUAUCUCACAUGACCAUAUUGGGCUAAAAAAAAAUCUUCGGAUUCCAACUACAAAAAUCCACAGAAAUGAAACAUCACCAAUUCAAAGAGCUUGAGUGCCAUUUAGAGGAGAGAGUUUUUUUUUACUAUAAAAUUAAAAUGAUCAUACCUCUGGUUUUUUGUGGUCUAUAGAUGCCAAAUAAAAACUGGGAGUGGUGCUUUCGAGUAAUAUUGACGGCAGCACUCCGCGUCAAAUAGUUUAUUUAUAACAAAGACGCCAUGUGACUGCAAUCAUGUGACUGUAUUGUUACGUCUGAUUGGUAUCAUGGAGUCAUUUGAUUAUUGUUGCGACAUCUCGUUGGUGAAACUGGUAGAGCCACUGAGCUGGCAAAAAUGUCAAAUCUAAUAUGUAGAUUAAAAAGGGAAAUUGUAAUGACUCAUUGUUGCCCAAAGUAACAUUUCUUUUACACCAGAGGUGGGUAGCAACGCAUUGCAUUUACUCAGUUACCUUUACUUGAGUAAGUUUUUGAGAUAAAUGCACUUCUAAGAGUAGUUUUGCUAAGCCAUACUUUCUACUUUUAUUUGAGUUGAUUUGUAAAGAAGAAACACUACUCUUACUUCGCUACUUUGGGCUACAUUAGUCGUCACAUUUUUCCUCUUUAUUUUACAUAUUAGGUAUUCUUCUUUUUUUUGUUGUUUUUUUUGCCAGAGACACCAACUGGCUGAAGUAGUCUCAACAAUGAGACAUCGCAACAAUAAUCACAUGACUCCAUUAUACCAACCAGACUCAAAAUUGCCGUCCUAUGACCAUGCCGGCCUGUUCAAUCAUGUGGCGUCUUUGAAACACCGUAAAGAAAGAAGUAUUUGACAUAGAGGGGAGCCGUCAACAUGAUUUGGAAGCGCGGAUUUUAAUCCCUCUCCCAGUUUUUAUUUGGCACCGAUUGACCACGGAAAGCAGGAGAUAUGAUCCUUUGCGUUUCAUAAUAGGAAAUGUUUUCUCCACUAGAGGGUACUCAACUCUUUGGACAAACAAUGCAUCAAGUGUAUACAGUGGGGCAAAUAAGUAUUUAGUCAACCACUAAUUGUGCAAGUUCUCCCACUUGAAAAUAGACAGGCCUGUAAUUGUCAACAUGGGUAAACCUCAACCGUGAGAGACAGAAUGUGGGGAAAAAACCCAGAAAAUAAUCACAUUGUUUAAUGAAAGAAUUUAUUUGCAAAUCAUGGUGAAAAAUAAGUAUUUGGUCAAUACCAAAAGUUCAUCUCAAUACUUUGUUAUGUACCCUUUGUUGGCAAUAACAGAGGCCAAAUGUUUUCUGUAACUCUUCACAAGCUUUUCACACACUGUUGCUGGUAUUUUGGCCCAUUCCUCCAUGCAGAUCUCUCUAGAGCAGUGAUGUUUUGGGGCUGUCGUUGGGCAACACGGACUUUCAACUCCCUCCACAGAUUUUCUAUGGGGUUGCGAUCUGGAGGAGACUGGCUAGGCCACUCCAGGACCUUGAAAUGCUUCUUACGAAGCCACUCCUUUGUUGCUCUGGCUGUGUGUUUGGGAUCAUUGUCAUGCUGAAAGACCCAGCCACGUCUCAUCUUCAAUGCCCUUGCUGAUGGAAGGAGAUUUUCACUCAAAAUCUCUCGAUACACGGCCCCAUUCAUUCUUUCCUUUACACAGAUCAGUCGUCCUGGUCCCUUUGCAGAAAAACAGCCCCAAAGCAUGAUGUUUCCACCCCCAUGCUUCACAGUGGGUAUGGUGUUCUUUGGAUGCAAUUCAGUAUUCUUUCUCCUCCAAACACGAGAACCAGUGUUUCUACCAAAACGUUCUACUUUGGUUUCAUCUGACCAUAACACAUUCUCCCAGGCCUCUUCUGGAUCAUCCAAAUGCUCUCUAGCGAAUCGCAGACAGGCCUGGACAUGUACUGGCUUCAGCAGGGGGACACGUCUGGCAGUGCAGGAUUUGAGUCCCUGGAGUCGCAUUGUGUUAUUGAUAGUAGCCUUUUUUACUGUGGUCCCAGCUCUUUGUAGGUCAUUCACUAGGUCCCCCAGUGUGGUUCUGGGAUUUUUGCUCACCGUUCUUGUUAUCAUUUUGACGCCACGGGGUGAGAUCUUGCAUGGAGCCCCAGAUCGAGGGAGAUUAUCAGUGGUCUUGUAUGUCUUCCAUUUUCAACAAUUGCUCCCACAGUUGAUUUCUUUACACCAAGCGUUUUACCUAUUGCAGAUUCAGUCUUCCCAGCCUGGUGCAGGUCUACAAUUUUGUCUCUGGUGUCCUUCGACAGCUCUUUGGUCUUGGCCAUAGUGGAGUUUGGAGUGUGACUAAGUUUGUGGACAGGUGUCUUUUAUACCGAUAAUCAGUUGAAACAGGUGCCAUUAAUAUAGGUAACGAGUAGAGUUUUGUCAGACCUCGUUAGAAGAAGUUAGACCUCUUUGACAGCCAGAAAUCUUGCUUGUUUGUAGGUGACAAAAAACUUAUUUUCCACUCUAAUUUGAGGAAAUAAAUUCUUUAAAAAUCAAACAAUGUGAUUUUUUUGUUGUUGUCACAUUCUGUCUCUCAUGGUUGAGGUUUACCCAUGUUGACCAUUACAGGCCUCUCUAAUCUUUUCAUGUAGGAGAACUUGCACAAUUGGUGGUUGACUAAAUACUUAUUUGCCCCACUGUAUGACACCAAAAAGCAUGUUUAUUUCGUAAUACACGUGGUAUAUGCUCCUGAAUGAAAUUGACCGCUUGGAUGUGGAUCCGCUGAAACUUGCUCGCCGCCGGAGGCUGGCUGAUUGGUUAAAGCAAUCACUCCCACCACCGUGUGAGACAUGAGUCCGGGUAGUUUUGUGAGAUUUUCCGUGUCCAAAAGGCGAGGAAGAGACUUGAAAGAGCCGCUUGGUUUGGGUUAGCAUCUCCCAAGGGAGCAGUGAUGGCCAAAUGAAGCAAGAAAGCUUUGCAGCCAAUUGGUUCAAAGCUUCAUUGUGGUUCAUUUGGUCUUAUGACAGUCGUAUGAUGCCGCUGUGAAUGCCGCAAUUUUACCGGUGAAUAUCUUUUGGUGUAAAUAUCCCAUAAUACAGGACAGCUGUGGCUUAUCUAUAAACAAACACCGUUUUCAUGCCAAAUUUUAAGGGUGCAGCUUAUAGUCAGGUGCACCUUACAGUCCGAAAGUUGCGGUACUUAAGUAAUAUUUUCAAGUAACUGUACCCUUACUUGAGUAAUAUUUUUGGCUACUCUACCUCCCUCUGUUCUUCACAAAUAAACUCAAGUAAAAGUAUAGUGUGGUAAAACUAGUCUUAGAAGUACAUCUUUCGCAAAUGGUUCCUGUGGUUACUUAAGUAAAUGUAACUCGUUACUAUCCACCUUUGGUAAUAAACACAGCCAUACAAAUAAAGGGGAUCUUUACAUUACCAGUGUAAAUUGUUCUCAGACUGUUUGUGUAUUGAUACUUUAAAAAAUAAAAUGAUUCAUUCCAGCCGAGAACAUAAACUUCUGUGAGCGGCUGGUUUUAAGGAAAAAAAUGUGACUUGACCGAAUGUGUGAGCGAUGUUGUGUAUGUGCUAUUAUUAAUCCUGUUUGUCUACAAUAAUAAAAUAGAAUUCAUUGUUGACGUUCUUCCUUUCUUGUUUUACACUAUUUGUGCGAUUUAGCAGUUUCUACAUUGUGCUUAACCAAUUGCAAGGUUUCUACUUACUGCAGGAUUGCUUAAUGCUGUCAUCUAUCGACCUCCCAGACUUUUCUGAUCUUGAAGCCAAUCUGAUGUCCCAAAUAUGUCUUUAUUGAGGGUCUUAACCUUUCAACUGCCAGACACUUGUCAACAAUAACGCUCUCCAGGUCAGCCAUUAAAAUAAUUAAAUUAUAUAUAUGGCGGGAAAACACAGACAAGACUGAAAAAACAGUUUCUGCUCUUGCACUCCUCUUUAAAAACAACUGCUGUAUUUUAAGCCAAAAGAACUGUUGUGUUUGACAACAAUAUGUCUAUAUGCUGCCGUAGCAGAUUCAUGGUGCAUUUAGCCCCCGAACUAUUUUUAAUCUGUCCGCUUUACCCUGGACACCCCCGUUUACAGACGUUGCGCAACCGCUUUUGUUUCAACCUAGCCAUAAAAAGAAGGUAAGUAAUCGUAUUUAUUAAUCGAAAUGUCUGUCAUUUUAGCUUAGAAUCAUUAAUUGAUGUCUAAUAUUUACUUAAAAAAAAAAAAAAAAAAACGUUUAAAAGGGUAAAUAUGUGAAAAUGAAAAUCUCGACCACUCCUUGAUGUCUGCGAUUUCUGCAUUGCGACCCUUGUUAUAUUACCAUGUUUCACCCAUAAAAUCCUCAAAAAAUCCGACUGUGGCCAUUCACAGCGGUGUCUUGACACUGUUAUACAUGCUACAUGGAGUUUUUGGAUCAAAAAGAGGUAAGUAAGUACGCGAUAAUAUCUCGUUAAAAUUAUGGCGUCUUUAAUUUUGCUCUCGCCUGCUCCCACCACCAGUUAGGGUUUUGUAAAAUUUGUAACAGGAUGGCAUUUUUAAAAAAACAUUUUUUUAAAAAUGCCAUCCUGUUACAAUUUUUUCUUCCCCUAGAAAAUUCAGAUUUUAAGCUUUCCAAUGAUGUAUCACACAUGCAUAUAGGACAAUUUUAAAAUUUGGCCAAAUUGGGGGUUUUAGAGCGGAACUUCAAGUCACCUGAGUUUGAUGAUUUUGGCAAAAAAGUCAAGAAAAACCAAAAAUCACUAUCUAAAAAAAUUAGCAUAUUACAUCCGAGCAAUACAAAAAAGUGUCUCAGCUAUGCACUCAACACUUGGUCGGGAAUCCUUUUGCAGAAAUGACUGCUUCAAUGCGGCGUGGCAUGGAGGCAAUCAGUCUGUGGCACUGCUGAGGUGUUAUGGAGGCCGCGGAUGCUUCGAUAGCGGCCUUAAGCUCAUCCACAGUGUUGGGUCUGGUAUAUCUCAAUUUCCUCUUCACAAUAUCACACAUAUUCUCUAUGGGGUUCGGGUUAGGAGAGGUGACAGGCCAAUUGAGCACAGUAAUGCCAUGGUCAGUAAACCAUUUACCAGUGGUUUUGGCACUGUAGGUCAUGCUGAAAAAUGAAAAUCUUCAUUUCCAUAAGCUUUUCAGCAGAUGGAAGCAUGAAGUGCUCCAAAAUCUCCUGAUAGUUAGCUGCAUAUACCCUGCCCUUGAUAAAACACAGUAGACCAAUACCAGCAGAUGACAUGGCACCCCAGACCAUCACUGACUGUGGGUACUUGACAAUGGACUUCAGGCAUUUUGGCAUUUCCUUCUCACCAGUCUUCCUCCAAACUCUGGCACCUUGAUUUCCGAAUGACAUGCAAAAUUAGCUUUCAUUGUCCAGUGCUGCUUCUCUGUAGCCCAGGUCCGGCGCUUCUGCCGCUGUUUCAGGUUCAAAAGUGGCUUGACUGGGGGAAUGCAGCACCUUGUAGCCCAUUUACAGCACAUGCCUGUGCACGGUGGCUCUGGAUGUUUUUACUCCAGAGUCAGUCCACUGUUUCUGCAGGUCCCCCAAGGUCUGGAAUCGGCCCUUCUCCACAAUCUUUCUCAGGGUGUGGUCACCUCUUCUGGUUGUGCAGCUUUUCCUGCCACACUUUUUCCUUCCCACAGACUUUCCACUGAGGCGCCUUGAUACAGCACUCUGGGAUCAGCCUAUUCGCUCAGAAAUUUUUUUCUGUGUCUUAACUCCUUGCUUGAGGGUGUCAAUGAUGGCCUUCUGGACAGCAGUCAGGUCAUCAGUCUUGCCCAUGACUGCGGUUUUGAGUGAUGAACCAGACUGGGAGUUUUUAAAAGCCUCAGGAAUCUUUUGCAGGGGUUUUGAGUUAAUUCGUUGAUUCAAAUGAUUAGGUUAAUAGCUUGUUUAGCGUACCUUUUCAUGAUAUGCUAAUUUUUUAGAUCCGGAUUUUUGUUUUUUCUUGACUUUUUUGCCAAAAUAAUCAAUAUUAAAACAAUAAAAGUUUGAAGUACUUCAGUUGUGUGUAAUGAAUCUAAAAUAUAUGAAAGUCUAAUGUUUAUCAGUACAUUACAGAAAAUAAUGAACUUUAUCACAAUAUGCACAUUUUUUGAGAACGACCAGUAUAUGUUAAUAUUUCUGAUUUAUCCAUUUCAAUAAAAAAAUAGCAAAGUAUUCACAAACGGUUUCCAAAUCAUUCUUUCUCUUUGAUCUCCCUAAAUGACAUUUUUAUUAAACUAUUUCCUAACAGGUAAAAAGCAAUGCAUUGUUUUUUUCGUGGCCCUUUAAGAAAUCUCAGAAUUUCAGGAACGACACCGACAUGGCAUUUUUCAAAUGGGAUCAGAAAUAAAAUACAGUACAUAGUUCUAUUUUAUCGGUAACAAAAGUACAACAUUUAAGCCUAAAUGCAAAUACUUGUGCAAUAUUUUGCUCUCAAUAUUGAAUAAUCAUAAUACCCUAAUAUGUGCAGAUGUGGGCAGAGUAACAAAAAGUUUUACUCAAGAGUAUUGUUACUUCAAAACAAUACAACUCAACUAAGAGUGGUCAUCCCCAAAAAAUAUACAUAAAGAGUAUAUUUUAAAGAUAACGCAAACUUUUUUUUUUUUUUUCAAAUUAUAAGGAAAUGAAAAGGAAGCCAAAUGUACAACAAAAAUGUGUCCAAAGUGCACAUUAACUAUAUUGCCAAAUGUAUCACAUUUGAGACAACAAUUUAUGGACCUCAUUGCCGUGAAAAAAAUGGUUUAAAACCUUAUUAUGUUCAAUCUCACUCAGAUGCACUCGCUAGGAGAACUCCGUGGAAUAAAUAAUUAAUUAAUAUCGAUGGAAACGGAUGACGCUACACAAGCACUUUAUUAGGCUUGUUGUUUACGUAUGUAAAUCUGACGUGAGUAGAUUGUUUUCUUCCUGGAGAUAUGUGUGCAGCAGCCUGGCAGGUUUUUUUUGUUUUUUUUUAAACAUUGAGGCUUGACAGUUUCUGUCAAAUUUUCGGCUUCAAAGCACCAUUCCGCCCCUAAAUUUUACACCGGAACAGAAUUCCGGACCGUUCCGGCCCACUUUCACCCCUGUAUAUAACUGAUUACAUGACCAUAAAAAACACAAAAAUAAUUCAUUCCGACCAGAAAAAUCUACAGAAAUUAAAUGUCUUCAAUUCAAAGAGCACGAGGGCCCCUUCAUUGCAGAACACAUAUUUCCUACUAUAAAAUUACAACGACCAUAUCUCAGGUUUUCCAUUUGCCUAUUGGUGCCAAAACUGAGAAAGUGGUCGAAAUCCAUCUUUUCAAGGAAUGUAGCACUCUGUUUCAAAUUGUUUGUUUUUUACGGUGCAUUAAAGACUCCACGUGAUUGAACAGGCCGGCGUGAUCAUAGUAUUUCCGACUGCAAGCUUGUGUGUAGUCAUGUGAUUGUAUUGUAUCACUGUAUAUAUUACUGUACUGUACAGUAUUGUGACUGUAUUGUCUGUUUUGUAUAAUUAAGUCGUGCUUAUUGUUGUGACAUCUCAUUGGUGAAACUGUUAGAGCCACAGAGGGCAUCUGGCAAAAAAGUUAAUCUAACAUUCAGAAUAAAUAGGAAAAAUGUAAAAAGUCAAGAGUAGGCCAAAGUAGCGGAGAGUAGCAUUUCUUCACAUAUCUACUCAAGUAAAAAUAACAAGUAUGGCGUUGUAAAACUACUCUUAGAAGUACAUUUUUCUCCAAAAGGUACUCAAGUAAAUGUAAAGCAAUACUACAGGGUGACCCCAAAAAAAGUUUACACUGCCAUAAUACAACUUAAAUGCCAUGUUUAUUCAUUUUAGAAUUUAAUCACAAAUUAUAUAUUAUUGUAAAGAACAUGUACAGUACACUCUAUUUUUCAAUGUGUCCUCCCUUAAGUGUCACAACAGCCUCCAGGAGCCUGCGGAACGCUUGACAGGUCUUCUUUAUGUAGGAUCCUGUCAUCUUUAUCCAAGAUCUAACAAUGGACCUCUCCAAGGCUGCCACAGAAGUUUGUGGCUUCUUACAGGCACUGUCCUCCACAGUUGCCCAUAUGCUAUAAUCCAGGGGAUUGAGAUCUGGACUCUGGGGUGGCCACAUAUCACCUUGUCAAUCAACUUUUUGGUCCGCACAGAUAGGGUUUUCCAGACCCAGGUUUUCAUGAGGCUGUUCCAGUAUCUUUCAGCUUCUUUUUAACUUUGUAGACUGCACAUCUGGAUAUUCUCAGAUUUGCUGCAAUCUCAGUAGGUGUCAGACCGGCACGCAGCAAUUCAGGUACAGCUAAAGUUUUCUUCAUUUUCAGCAGAAGCACAGGAAUUGUAGAGACGAGAGAUUACCAGCUGCAUUGAGUGACCUUAAUGAAUCACUUAAGCAUGACAACCUAUUUAGAUAUGUUUCAAUGGCUUUUAAACAAGCAGUCAACUGAGUGCAGUGUUGUUAAUUUUACUUUAAAAAAGUAAUUAAUUACAGUUACAAAUUACUUCUCCCAAAAAGU